AACACACCACCACACCCCCCCCCCCCCCCCCGCCCGACAGCCAACGUUCCCCCAGCUAUGUCCAAACCCUCCUCUUCAAUCUCCCAUUCUAAGGGUUGCUUAAUGAAGCAGUAGAAGCAGCCGGUCAUACCCAAGUGAAGUUGAAGAGAGAAGUGAAAGAAAUGAGCAACUCAUCAGUCACAGUGGCGGCGGUGGGGUCAAGAUCACCACCAGGUUUCACGGUGUCUCAGUGGCAUGAGCUGGAGCAUCAAGUUCUUAUCUUUAAGUGUUUAAAUGCAGGGUUACCUGUCCCUCCUUCCCUUCUCCUUCCUAUUCGUAAGAGUUUUCAGCUUCUUUCCCCUGGUUUCUUGCACCCAUCAAAUUUGAGCUACUGUUCCUAUUUUGGGAAGAAGAUUGACUCGGAGCCAGGAAGGUGUCGGAGGACAGAUGGCAAGAAAUGGAGGUGCUCCAAAGAUGCUCACCCAGACUCCAAGUACUGUGAGCGGCAUAUGAAUAGAAGCCGUAACCGUUCAAGAAAGCCUGUGGAAUCACAAACUACCUCUCAGUCGUUGUCAACUGUGGCAUCAGAAAUUGCAACUGGGAGCAGCAGCAGUGGGAGCAGAGGGUAUCCAACUAAUCCUGGGACCUUAGGCUUGGGAAGUAAUAUGUCACGUUGGCAGAUGGAGUCUAUGCCUUAUGGUGUUAAUAGUAAAGACUACAGGUCUCUCCAUGGACCGAAGCCUGAAGCAGAUGAGAAAACUUUCCUACCAGAAGCUUUGGGAAAUACAAGAAGCUUUGGAAUGAACUCUACUGUGGACAGCACUUGGCAUCUCACAUCCCAAGUCCCUGCAAACCCUGUGCCAGAAUCAAGAAAUGGUUCUCUUUUGCAAAACUACCCACAAGUACAGACACUGCAGGAUUUUGAGCCCCUAACUGUUGAUGCUGCAUCGUCAAAACAACAGCAGCAGCAUUAUUUAUUUGGAAGGGAGUUCAGUUCAUCAGGAUCUAUGAGGCGGGAAAAUCAGUCUCUUCAGCCUCUCUUUGACGAGUGGCCAAAAUGCAGGGAUAUGGAUUCCUAUCUCACUGAUCAAAGAUCUAACAAUAACUCGUCUGCUGUUCAGCUAUCAAUGGCCAUUCCAAUGGCUCCUAACCCUGCUGCGAGGAGUUAUCAUUCCCCAAAUGAUGUUUCUGAGCCAGAUAUUGGGAUGCUUCAUUAAGAGAUGCCUUCAAAAUAUCUCUGCUUGAUCAAGUACAAGGACAUUCCUACUCCGGCUGUGGGAUCUAGCUCCGUUGUAAUUUAUGUUUGGGUACUUGGGGUUUCCUACUAUGUUUUUGUGGUAGACUUCUGACUACAUUGAGAAUGCGCGUGAAGUUCUCUUUGUCCACAAUAAAAUCUAAUAUCAUAGAUGUUAUUAUUAACGUUAAUGUUAAUUCAGUAUUUGGCUUGUUGAUUUUGUUAUGAUCAA